AUGCUCAGAACAAUUUGCCAGGGGUACAGGAACCUCUGUGCCGCAGAGUUCGAAGACUCCCUCUUUCGCGCUGUCUCCAAGGCUGCUAACGAUCCAGGUUUCACAAAAGAUCGCCUGAAGCUCGGAGGCCUGUCAGCAAGGAACAACGGCGUUGAACAAAUUCUCAUCAUCAAGAAUGACAGUGACCUGCGACUGGCUCAGCUUGCGAAACAGGCACUUCUGGACAUUCCGAACUGUACCACAAACACAUCGUCGCCCAUAUGUCAAACUCUUACAGGAAAGCACCUUUCACUCCAUGACGUCACGCCACAAGUGACGAGCAUUCGCGCAAUACGCCAACCCUGA